UAAUGAACUAAAAAUAAUGGAGAUUCUUUUUUAAUGAGUAUACAAUAACCUUGUGACCAAACGAAACAGAGGCACCAGAAAAAGCAAUCAUGAAGUGUUUCUCCUUAUCCUCAAUUUCUCUUUUCAUUCUCCUCUUUCUCUGUUCCGAGAGUGUGUCCUCUCAAAAUGUAUCCGAGAGUGAGCAGCAGCAAGCUAGCAUUCCUCCAAGAGGUUGGAACUCCUAUGAUUCCUUUUGCUGGACAAUUUCUGAAGAAGAAUUCUUACAGAGUGCUGAAAUAGUUUCUCAACGUCUCCAUGAUCAUGGAUACGAGUAUGUUGUAGUGGAUUACCUCUGGUAUAGAAGGAAAGUAGAGGGCGCUUAUCAUGAUUCUCUCGGAUUUGAUGUGAUUGAUGAAUGGGGGAGGAUGGUUCCUGACCCAGGAAGGUGGCCUUCUUCUGAAAAUGGGAAAGGAUUCACUGAAGUAGCUAAUCAAGUACAUAGCAUGGGUUUAAAAUUUGGGAUUCAUGUCAUGAGAGGGAUAAGCACACAAGCUGUCAAUGCAAACACCCCUAUCCUUGAUACAACAAUGGGAGGUGCUUAUCAAGAAUCUGGUCGAGUGUGGUAUGCAAAAGACAUAGCAAUCCCGGAAAGGGCUUGUGCAUGGAUGUCUCAUGGUUUCAUGAGUGUAAAUACAAAGUUGGGAGCUGGGAAAGCCUUUUUGAGAUCCCUUUAUGAGCAGUAUGCUGCAUGGGGUGUUGAUUUUGUGAAACAUGACUGCAUAUUCGGGGAUGACUUUGAUUUAAAUGAAAUAAGCUAUGUGUCUGAGGUUCUCAAGGAGUUUGAUCGCCCCAUUGUAUAUUCUUUGUCUCCUGGAACCAGUGCGACACCAGCAAUGGCCAAGGAUGUCAGUGGACUGGUCAAUAUGUAUCGUAUAACAGGAGAUGACUGGGAUACAUGGGGGGAUGUCAAAGCUCAUUUUGAUAUAACAAGGGAUUUUUCGAAUGCUAAUAUGAUAGGAGCAAAAGGUUUAAUGGGGAACUCCUGGCCUGAUCUGGACAUGCUACCAUUUGGAUGGCUAACUGAUCCUGGUUCAAAUGAAGGUCCACAUAGGUAUAGUUACCUCAAUCUAGAAGAGAAGAAGACACAGAUGACUCUGUGGUCGAUGGCAAAGUCUCCCCUUAUGUAUGGAGGGGAUGUUCGGAAGAUUGAUCCUAGCACAUAUGAUGUUAUAACAAAUCCUACCCUUUUGGAGAUUAAUUCUUUUAGCUCAAAUAACAUGGAGUUUCCUUAUAUCACAAGCGUGAAUAGUGAAGAUCAGGAUCUUGGUAGGCCAAUGAGAAGAAGCAGCAUGGAAAUAAAAACAUCCUACACUCAUUCAUUGGGCCUCACAAGCUGCACUGAGUCAAAGGCCAGCGGUUGGGCUAGUGAAAGUCUUAACCAAUACCUUGAAAGAAUAUGCUGGAAAAGGAGUUUAGGAAACAAGCAUCUUGCCCCCUUCUGUGUGCACAAGAGGGAACUUUACUUCCCAUUUGAUGAAGCGAGUAUGUAUCAAGAGUAUCAUCAAAGGAAACAUCAUUUAGUUGCAACUAACAGAAUAAAAUUUUGCUUGGAUGCUUCUCCAAAACGCAAGCUUACUUCUAAAGAGUUCAAGAGAGGGACAUUUUCUCCCUGCAGUUGGGAUUCGAAUCAGAUGUGGGAGUUGAACCCUAAUGGGACCCUGGUGAAUAGUUAUUCUGGCUUGUGUGCAACAGUAGAAUCUAGUGAAGAUACUAUUAAUUCUGGUGGCUUGCACUCUUGGAUUGCUACAGGAAGAAAAGGAGAAGUCUACGUUGCUUUCUUCAAUCUAAGUGAACAGAAGAGGGUAAUAUCUGCAAAAACAUCAGACCUGGCUAAGGUUCUUCCUGGCAGAGACUUCAGUUCUUGUCAGGGCAGUGAAGUGUGGAGUGGAGAUGCUAUAGAAAUAACUCAGGGAACGUUAUCAACGGCAGUGGAAGUGCAUGGAAGUGCACUAAUUGUUCUCAAUUGCAACGAGUCCCCCCUCCUUUCCCCAAAAAUAGAAAGAAAGAAAGAAAAUAAGUAAAGCAAAAUGGCAUUUCAUUGGCUGACUUAGUGUAUGCUUGAAAAUCAGGUGGAAAAUGACUUUGGAGGCGAAAGUACUUUAAAAAAAGAUCAGAAUUCUUGUUUUGACUUUUAUCCAUUGGAUCUGUAUUGAAACAUAUGUCGUAAUAAUUUCAACUUACCAAACAUACACUUAAUGUUUUCUAUUCUACACCACUUCCUAUGUUUGAGGUGAGUAACUUAAAAUAAGAGUAAGUGAGUUGCCUAAUAGGCAUGCACUUA